AUGAACAUGGAAAAGCAAGUUUCGGGGUUAUACUCCAUAGGCGAUUCCCAUGAUAAAAGGAAGACUUUAGAAAUAACGAAAGUCAUGAAAGGCGCACUAAGCGUGUCGAAAAGUAGAACCGGUGAGACCAUAUUCAGAAGUAACGAAUUUCAUAGAAAGACAAUGGAGAAAAAAGUAAACCAGUACAGAUCAGCCGCAUUAACAGAAAUAAGUUCGUUUGAAGCAAAGAAAAGAACUAUCACACAACGAUUUUCUACAGUUUUUGGCAAACAUAAGGCCACUAAUGAAACGAUGCAUGCGUAUGAUGAAGUCAUAACGAAAGCUCUUGAAGACACAAACGAAAAACCACCAGUUUCAAUUGUCAAAAUCAAUUAUACCAAAAACCACGAAUCUGAGAAUGAAGAUGACGACGAAAAGAAAGAAGAUGAAGUUGGUGGAAAUAAAGAUGGCGUAAAAUUACCCCAUGUCAGCAAUUCUCAGGGGCGUGUCCAAAAUGUUCAAAACGAUUUGGAUGGAUCUGAGCGUAAAAAGUCUGUAUUCAUACCAACAGGGGUGUUAAUGCCAAUUUCAUCGACUGUCAAAUAUUCACGUUUAAAGUUUAACGAUGAGAAGGUCGAAGAAGAACCGGAAGUGGUUGUAGAAGAGGUCAAAGAGCUAUGGCCUCUUGAAAAUUCAACAAAAUAUGAUAAAUAUAUUAGAACACAAAAAGAUAGACAUGAGGUUCUCGUAACUAGGAACAUUUUGAAGAAAAUAAAAUCGAAUAUUUCCGGCAAAAACACUUUAUUGAGAUUUAAAAUGAAAGCCAUCCUAACAGACGAUCCGGAAGACUUUGUUAGAAACCUAACAACUUCCGCCAAAACAGCACCAGGGGGAAAUGCAAUGAAAAGGACAAACAACUCUAAUCGUAAGUUCAAAAAAUUCAUAGCAAAUCUUCCAGCGCAGAAUACAAGACCACAAGCAACUAGUUAUGCGUCACUGCAAACAAGCAGAUUGUUCCCACCAAUAACUGCAGGUUCCGUAAAAUCGACCAGUACAUGUUUGUCACUUAGGCGUUCUAAAACAAUGCCAAUUUGAGGAAUACCACUAGAACUAUAGUAUAUUCACAAUAAUCAGGCAAUAUAGGAACAUUAUAAACUACCAAUAUUGUGUCCCUUCUUAUUGCCAUCAUACAUUUAUAUUUAUGACUGGAGUUGCAUGGAUAGAUUUGUUAGAAAGCAACGAAUACAUUUCGAUUGAAGGCUGGAACGGAUAUUUUAUAGAUAAAAAAAAGAAAGUUAUUUCAAAAGUUCCAACAAAAUACAUGAGCGCAUAAAGUUACGACAUUUGUCUGUGAUAUAGAGAAAGGCAAUCUUAAACAUACAAGAAGUUUCUCAUCACGCAUUCAGUCAACAAUCAAUUUUGAUUUUGAAAAAUAAAACUGACAAUUAAAGGUGAAUGAGUGCACAAGGACUGAUUUACAAACUGUGGAUUUGACUGUGUUAAGUUUACAGUGGACAGUCUGUUAGUCUGUGGAUUACUGUCUUAGUUCUAUAGUCAAACUCUGAAGUGUCAUAAGGUACAAAUAUGGUACUAAGUCUACUCCAUGACCACUUGAUGUCAAAUAUUGUUAAUCACCAUUAGUCUUGCUUUCGAGAUUAAGCUUCUUAAUAGGAUAUAGAUAUAUAUAUGACAAGCAACACCUUUAGAAUGUAACGGUUAUUGGGAUAAUCUCAUCGAUUUCUAGACUGGCCCUACCUGUAUGUGCGUCAGACAUUACAAGUACU